AUUUCAUUUCACGCUUUUUUCUUCUUCUUCUUCUUCUUCUUCUUUCGAUUUCAAUUUCAAUUUCGCGAGUUAAACCCUAAACAACCAAACCAUGGCGCAUCGAUUGCUAAGGGAUCACGAAGCCGAUGGAUGGGAACGUUCCGACUUUCCCAUCAUCUGCGAAUCAUGUCUAGGGGAUAGCCCUUAUGUUCGAAUGACAAAGGCUGAGUAUGACAAAGAGUGCAAGAUUUGUACAAGGCCAUUUACUGUUUUUAGAUGGAGACCUGGUCGGGAUGCAAGAUAUAAGAAAUCAGAGAUCUGCCAGACUUGUAGCAAACUGAAAAAUGUUUGUCAAGUUUGCUUGUUGGAUCUUGAAUACGGUCUUCCGGUUCAAGUCCGUGACACGGCUCUGAGCAUUAGCUCCAAUGAUGCUAUUCCUAAAAGUGAUGUCAAUAGGGAGUAUUUUGCUGAAGAGCAUGACCGCAAGGCUAGAGCUGGUAUAGAUUAUGAAUCCUCUUUUGGUAAAGCACGCCCAAAUGACACUAUCUUGAAGCUUCAAAGGACAACACCUUAUUACAAAAGAAACAGGGCACAUAUUUGCAGUUUCUACACAAGGGGUGAGUGUACUAGAGGAGCCGAGUGCCCUUACAGACAUGAGAUGCCAGUAACUGGGGAACUUUCUCAACAAAAUAUCAAAGAUCGUUAUUAUGGGGUGAAUGAUCCGGUGGCUAUGAAGCUACUUGGUAAGGCAGGCGAGAUGAGCUCUCUGGAGGUUCCCGAGGAUGAGAGCAUUAAAACACUUUAUGUUGGUGGACUUGAUGCUAGGGUCACUGAACAGGAUCUGCGUGACAACUUUUAUGCCCAUGGAGAAAUUGAAUCAGUCAAAAUGGUUCUCCAACGGGCCUGUGCUUUUGUAACCUAUACAACCAGAGAAGGAGCAGAAAAGGCAGCUGAAGAACUCUCAAACAAGCUGGUCAUUAAGGGCCUUAGGCUAAAAUUGAUGUGGGGAAGGCCUCAGUCAGCAAAACCUGAGUCCGACGGCUUGGAUCAAGCAAGGCAGCAGGCUUCUGUGGCUCAUAGUGGAUUGUUCCCUCGAGCAGUUAUAUCACAGCAGCAGAACCAGGAUCAAACCCAAGGAAUGCUUUACUAUAACAAUCCACCUCCUCCUCAGCAGGAAAGGAACUAUUACCCUUCAAUGGAUCCCCAAAGAAUGGGUGCUCUUCUUCCAUCUCAAGAUGGUCCUCCUGGUGGGCCUUCUGGAUCAGGGGAGAACAAACCUAGUUCCGAGAAGCAGCAAAUGCAACAUUAUGGUCGUCCUAUGAUGCCACCUCCACAAGGCCAGUAUCAUCAUCAGUACUAUCCUCCAUAUCAACAGUACCCACCACAAUACAAUGCUGCAAUGCCUCCAGUUCCCCCUUAUCAACAGUACCCACCACAAUACAAUGCUGCGAUGCCUCCACCCCAACCUCCUGCUGCAAACCAUCCCUAUCAACAUCCUAUGCAACCAGGUUCUUCACAGACAGGGUCUGGACAAGCUGGGUCUGCACCAGCUGAAACUGGAACAUCGACAUCAGGGUCACAGGAGCAAUAAUAACGCCUAGAUAGUAAUAUUUCUAGUUAUUUUAAUGCAAAGUUUUUCCUUGAAUUACCAAUGUUGACAGGGAAGAUAUUUUGGCUCAAGCAGGCAGUGUAACUCUUGAUAUUCAUUUGCCUUGCAGCUUGAACAAGUUAUUUUAUGCUUUGAUUUUGUGCUUUUGUAACUCUUGGUUCAUUAUUACUACUAGAUCAUUGUCAUGCCCAGGCUCA